AUGCCUUGUCCCACAUCAAUUAGAACCAAGAAAACCAGAGCUGUUGGAAUUCCCACCAUAGAUCUCUCCCAAAGCAAAGCAAUAACUUCCAAAUCCAUUAUUGAAGCUUGCCAAGAUUUUGGCUUCUUCAAGCUAAUCAACCAUGGAGUUUCCCAUCAUGCCAUUGCUCAACUUGAAUCCCAAGGCUUUGAUUUCUUUCAAAAACCCUCCUCUGAAAAGCACCGCGCCGGUCCUGCCAACCCCUUCGGUUAUGGCUGCAAGUCCAUCGGCUCCAACGGCGACAUGGGCGACCUCGAAUACCUUCUUCUUCCCUCCCACGACCCAGCUACUUCCAUUCUCCAAAGCUCCACCUCCAUCUCUAACGACCCUCUUACUUUCAGCCAUGUUGUGAAUGAGUAUGUUAAAGGUGUGAGAGACUUAGGAUGCGAGAUUCUUGACCUAAUCGGUGAAGGUUUAUGGUUACCAAACAAAUCUGUGUUUAGUAAUCUCAUUAGAGAUGUCCACAGUGACUCGGUUUUGAGGAUCAAUUACUACCCUGGAGUCCAACACACUGAAAACCGAGAACUUUCAACAAAAUCGCACCCUUCAAAUAACCGAAUUGGAUUUGGAGAGCAUUCUGAUCCUCAGGUCUUAACCAUCUUGAGAGCCAAUGAUGUCGAUGGCCUUCAAAUCUCUUUGCGGGAUGGAAUUUGGGUACCUGUUUGUCCCGACCCAUCUGCAUUCUACGUGUUGAUUGGCGACGUUUUUCAGGCAAUGACAAAUGGAAGAUUUGUAAGUGUGAGACAUAGAGCAAUGGCAAACAACUCCAAGAAUCCAAGAAUGUCAAUCAUGUACUUUGGGGCACCACCAUUGAAUACUUGGAUUGCACCUCUAUCAGAAAUGAUGCUUCCAAAUGACAAAUCUCUAUACAAACCUUUCACUUGGGCUCAGUACAAAAAAGCUGCCUAUUCUCUUAGAUUAGCAGAUUCACGUCUUGAUCUCUUCAAAGCUUUCUAA